UUGCAACCACACGCGACGAACACUUCCAGAACUAAACACUUGAGGUUUGAAAGGUAUCUGAUUUUUCUCGGGUACUAGUAAUGUUAAUAUAAGCACUGAACCGGGUUACAUUCAAUUACGCCCAAGGCCAGUUGGCGGUAGAAUCAUUGUGACAAGGGGAAAAAUUGUCUUUCCCACACCUCCUUGGCCGAGAAUGAGUCUACAUACCGCACUACGACCUAAAUACAGAAGCUUUCCAACAUUAAUUUUCCCUAUAUCCAGAAAUUCAUCCUCGACGUCCAGAUGGAAAUUACGGCAGCAAGGAGAUUCAGCGGCGCGUGACGCGAAACGUCGCGGACUGAAAAGCCGUGCUGCAUUUAAGCUGCUCGAAAUGGACUCAAAGUAUCGCCUUUUCAAACCGGGCAUGACAGUGGUAGAUUUGGGCUACGCACCAGGUAGCUGGUCUCAGGUGGCCAUAGAUCGAACGACUCGACGGGGCACCGUCAUUGGUAUUGACUUAAUACCAGCUCAACCCCCUUCAGGAGUGACGGCCUUCCAGGGGGAUUUCCUGUCACCAGAUGUCCAACAAUUUAUGAAGGACUAUAUUUCGAAAACGUCUUUGACUAAAAAGCAAGGCACGAGGUCAGGUGUCGCUGACCAUACAGUUGAAGACUCAAAGGGAUCGGCCAGUGGUGUUGUGGAUGUGGUCCUUAGUGACAUGUUAAUGAACACAAGCGGAACACCAUUCAGAGACCACGCAGGCAGCAUGAACCUGUGCAGAGCAGCACUCCAGUUCAGCAUGGACACUCUUAAAAUCGGCGGGCAUUUUGUCUGCAAAUUCUAUCAAGGCAUCGAAGACAAGGCGUUUGAGUACGAGCUGAAGGCAGCUUUUAGUCAUGUAUUUCGAGAGAAACCUGACGCUUCACGAAGUGAGAGUAGAGAAGCCUAUUUCGUUGCACUCCGGCGUAAAGCCAGACAGUGAUAUACGGAAGGGAGUGCAAUCCAAGGGUAUCAUACAAAACACAUGCGUCACGUUGUGCACAAAAGGUUGGAUAUAUAAUUUCGAAUUUAAUCCCCUUUUUGCUGUAAAAAUUGAUGCAAACCAUGAAGCUCCGUGCCUUAGUCCAUUGCAAAGCUGAAUAACAGUUUUCACCAGUCCCGAAAUCGCCACAUGGAUACAACCAGUCACCAAUCCCCACCAUGCUAUGCCAUCGCUUAAACCUUGAAACCACGAGAUCUUCUGCGACCACGAGCACGCUCGAACUUGCGGCCCUUGGAAACGACGUGGGGCUUCUAUGGUGGGUGUUAGUACGCUAUGCUUGAUUGUUGGUGUACUAUUUAGACUCCCGAUACGUACCUUGUGCUUGUGGGGACCCAUGCCGAAGUGCUUGAAGGCCUCACGGGCGUUCUUGGGACCACGGAGGAUCAGGGUGUUGCUACCGGUAGGAGCGCGGAGAGCGAGCUGGUCGAGGGUAAUGGCCUCACCACCAGCGGCGACGAUGCGGGCACGGGCGGUACUGGUGAAGCGCAGAGCUGCAACGGUAACCUUGGGGAAGGUAAGGAGACGGUUGUCGUCGGUGAUGGUGCCGACAACAACGACGGUGCGCUUCUCACCCUCCUUGUUGAUGUUGGCAACGAUACGAGAGAGAGAGACAGGGGGGCGGUUGAUCUUGGACAUGAAGAGGCGUCGGAGAACAACCUUGUUGAAGGAAGCGUCGGUACGGCCUAAUAGUCUGUUGUUAGUCGAUUCGAACGAAGACAGGCGUCGAAAGUGUUCCGAUACAUACGGGCAAGGAAGCGGUAAAGCUUCACGAGGAGCUUAAGGUAGACAUUGUCGCUCUUGGGCGCCUUGCGGUGCGUAGACUUGACGUGGUGACGGUCGAGAUCGAUACCUAUUUUGCAAAGACAAGUCAGCCAUUAAAAGUUCGGGCAUGCUCAAAUUCGGCACCCAGUCUCGUAUGAGACGGAUUCCAUGGUCGCAGAUAUAAACUGUGAGGUUCUAUCCACUCGCAUACGAAGGCUGAAUGUCGUUCCAAUUGUAUUCACGUACCCAUUUUGACGGUUGUGCUGAGGAUGUACGAACUUCUCAGGAUUAGGUUGCGAAUCUUCUCUCACCAACUUUCGACCGCACAGAUUUGUUGGAGGUGGGCCACUCCACUCGAUGCAGCACAUUUUUCAGGGCGGUGUGAGCGGGCAGUUAGGGCAGCGACCAGGCCAAAGCUGGCCUCGCCUGGUGGAA